AUGGCUCUUUCAUGCAACCAGGCUGCUCUCCUGUCCUCCGCCGUUCUCUCCAGGGGCCUGACCACCGCAUCCCCCGCGUCGCAGCUGAAAUCACGAUCGCUCAUUGCACGCGGACUUCCCGCCGUCAGGGCUGAAGCUGCGCCUGCCGCCGUCAACCGACCCGAGUCAGAUGCCCCCGCCACUCCCGUGCUGCCGUCUGGCGCAUCCAUGGCGGAUUUCCUCGUCACUUUCAGCCGCACGCUGAACCACGCUCCGGGGAACGGCAAGAGCAUCGCUGGCGCGGGCCGGGCUCUUCUUUCCCGCGUGCGGAGCGGCAUCAGCGAUCUUGGCAUGGAUGUUGAUGUGGAGUCGCAGAUUCGGCGACAGCUGCGCGUCGCAGAGGCCGAACGACUGCUUCUGGCGAUUGAGAGCGACCUUGUGGCGAUCGCCGUCGACACGUCUCUGGACUCGAACAGCGUUCCCGUGCAACUGCUUCGCAUGCACUGCGCCCAGGCAGCGAGGAUUCUCAGAGUGCUGUAG